AUGGACAACCGCAUACCAACAAAGAUUGCAUCGUCGCCAAUGAACAGAGAGCUGGUACGUUCUGGAAAUGAAGAUAAAGGAAAAACGCAUAGCAAAAGAGCACAGCUGGAUGAUUCCGUAGAGGUCGGUCCCAUGGAGGAACAAGUGGAAGAGAGACCAAUCGGUGUGAAGGCAGCAGAGUUAGCAAAGUCGAAAGGAACUAAGAACGUGAAGAGAACCAGCAAAGACAGGGAGGCUGCUAUGAAGAACCUCCAAUCCGUGGCUGCUUUAAGGGAGAAAGAGUUCGCUUUAAAGGAGAAAGCAUCUGCUAACAAGGAUAAAUUAGCGGAUAAAAAACUCCUAGCUAAUCCGAGAUAG